AUGGCCGGGGAGAUGCCGGGGGCGCCCCGCACGCUGCGGCUGCAGCACGGGAACCGCAUCGAGGCCCUGUGCGUGCUGGGCAGCCACGUCCGCGCUGACGUCUUCGGGGCGGCCCCCGCCGGGGCCGUGGCCUUCGGCGUGAAGCACACGGAGGGGGUCAGCGUGGACGUGCUGUUCCGCGGCCACGCCGAGCCCGAGGCCGUGUCCGGUGCCGGCACACGGUGGCCGCUGGACGAGGGGACGGUGCUGAGGUUCAGCAUGAGCCGCGCCAGCUCCGAGGUCAACGACAACAAGGUCACCGUCAGCUUCUACGCAGAGGGAGGGAAGCCCAUCAACCAAGCCGGGGUGUUCCUCACCGGCGUGGGGAUCUCCCUGGACGUGGACGCGGAUCGGGAUGGUGUGGUGGAAAAGAACAGCCCCAACAAGGCGAGCUGGGCCUGGGGACCGGAGGGACACGGGGCCAUCCUGCUGGUCAGCUGUGACAAGGAGUUCCCGUUCAUUCCACCCUCCGACUGCGACAGCGAGCCGGUGUUCAACCGGGAAGAUUUGCUGGACAUGGCUCAGAUGGUGCUGAGGACAGAGGGCCCCCAGCGCCUGCCCCGAGGCUACGAAAUCGUCCUCUCCAUUUCUGUCAACGACGCUGACAAAGUUGGGGUCUUCCAUGUGCAGAAUCCCUUCUUCGGGCAGCGCUACGUGCGGGUGCUGGGCUGCAGGAAGCUGUUCCACGCCGUGCCCUACCCCGGCGGGGCCGCCGAGCUCGACUUCUUCGUGGAGGGGCUGCGAUUCCCCGACGAGGCCUUCUCGGGGCUGGUGUCCAUCCACGUCAGCCUCCUGGAGCCGCUGGCCGAGGGCAUCCCCCACUCGCCGAUCUUCACGGACACCGUGGUGUUCCGGGUGGCACCGUGGAUCAUGACCCCCAACACCCUGGCCCCGGUGAACCUCUUUGUGUGCAGCAUGAAGGACAACUACCUGUUCACCAAGGAGAUCCAGAGCCUGGUGGCCAAGGCCGGCUGCAAGCUGAAGGUUUGCUUCGGCUACAUCAACCGUGGGGACCGCUGGAUGCAGGACGAGAUCGAGCUCGGCUACACCCACGCUCCCCACAAGAGCUUCCCGGUGGUGCUGGACUCCCCUCGGGAGAGAGGGAUGGAGCAACUCCCCGUCAAGGAGCUGCUGGGCCCCGAUUUUGGCUACGUGCACAAGGAGCCCCUCUUUGAGGCCGCGGCCAGCCUGGACUCCUUCGGCAACGUGGAGGUCAGCCCGCCCGUGUCUGUGGCUGGCAAGGAGUAUCCCUUGGGAAGGAUCCUCAUCGGCAGCAGCUUCCCUGCAUCCGCGGGCCGCAGGAUGACCAGGCUGGUGCGGGAUUUCCUCCACGCCCAGCGCGUCCAGGCCCCCGUGGAGCUCUACUCCGACUGGCUGGCCGUGGGCAACGUCAACGAGUUCGUCACCUUUGUCCCCACCUCCGACAAAAAGCGAUUCCGGAUGCUGCUGGCCAGCCCGGCCGCCUGCUACCGGCUCUUCCGCGAGAAGCAGAAGGAGGGACAGGGAGAAGCCACCAUGUUCAAAGGGUACUCGGGGACAGACACCAAGCGCGUCACCAUCAACAAGGUCCUGUCCAACGAGGCCCUGGCGCAGCAGAACCAGUACGUGCAGCGCUGCAUCGACUGGAACAGGGAUAUCCUCAAGAAGGAGCUGGGCUUGCUGGAGGAGGACAUCAUCGACCUGCCGGCCCUCUUCAAGCUGGACAAGCAGGGAAAAGCUGUUCCCUACUUCCCCAACACGGUCACCAUGAUUGUGCUGGCCAGGGACCUGGGCAUCCCGAAGCCGUUCGGGCCGGUGGCGGGCGGCGAGUGCUGCCUGGAGCGGCGGAUCCGCGCGCUGCUGGAGCCGCUGGGGCUGUGCUGCCGCUUCCUGGAGGACGUGGCCUCGUACCACGGCAGCCUGGGCGAGGUGCGCUGCGGCACCAGCGUCCAGCGCCGGCCCUCCACCUUCAAGUGGUGGCACUUCACGCCCUAGCCAGGCCUCCUCCUCCUUCCUCCUCUUCCUCCUCUUCCUCCCCUUCCCAGCCCUUCUCCCUCCGUCUUUGGCCCCGGCGUGUGUUG